AUGGGGAUAAUGAAGAAGCUUGUUGCUGUUUCAGCAUUUGGCUUUUUAUCUUAUGCUGCUUUUUUGCUCUUGUUGACAUUUCCAACCCCUCAAAGAAUGAUAAUAUAUUGUAAUUGGGUUCAAUUUCCUUUUCGACCAAAGUUUUCUCUACCAGAAUACUAUGGGUUUGGGCACAACCAAGUUCGUAAUGUACGUAUCAAGACAUCCGAUAAUGUGACGCUUGGUGCAUGGCAUAUUCUUCCCUCCGAUUAUUACCGGCGUCAGGACAUCCGGUACCAGAACGUUACUGAUACAAUUUACGAUGACGCGUUGGCUGAUCCAAGUUACUCGACGGUUGUCUAUUUGCAUGGUAACGCAAUGAAUCGAGCCGCACCAUGGAGAGUCGAUCUGUACAAGGCCUUGACCAACCGAUUUGGCCUGGUGAAUCUGGUAACCAUUGACUACCGCGGAUUUGGUGACUCGGAUGGAGUUCCUUCUGAAGAAGGAUUACGCUCGGACGCUAAAGCCACCAUAGACUGGCUUGUUCAAAGAAAUGUCCCACAUGGCCGAAUUACACUCAUCGGCCAUUCUCUCGGUACGGGAGUUGCUACAACUUUGGCGUACGACAUGACAAAAGCAGGAACUCCACCUCAAGCAUUGAUCCUCAAGGCAGCCUAUAGUUCGCUUCCCAAUUUGAUUUUUGAGUAUCGUAUGUUGGAGAUAUUUCCAAUCCUGGGGCCCCUCAACUAUGUCCCACAAUUACAAAAUAAUAGUAAUAGUAAUAGCAUUAGUAUCAGUAGUAUUACGUAUGGUGGUGUGAAUUGGGUUUUAUCAAAAUUGGUUCACACAUUUGAUUCUAUUUCACGGAUCCAGCAUAUCGACUGCCCCGUCUUAAUUGUAUACGGAGGAUCGGAUAUUGAAAUUCCUGGACACAACUCACACCAACUCUUUCAUCGUGCCAUCUACGGUUCCGAUGCGCCCGCGCCAUUCACGAAACAUUGGCUCGAAAAUGAUCGGAUGGUCAAGCAACAGACGAUACCCAACGAGGCCACUGUGUACACCAGUCUGGAGCGUAACCCUAACGCUCGGUUGGUGAAAUUGCAUCACGCAGAUCACAAUAAUGUUGGUUACUAUGACUACUGCUAUGAAGCCAUUGCCGAGACAGCCCAUUGGAAACAAUAAAUAAAUAAAUGAAACAUAUACU